AAGACGUCAACAAAUCAGCUGAUAAGUUGCGUGGGUCGUCAACUGAUUAUGUGGUUUUUCCGGAUACAAUAUGUUUAAAUAGGAAUCGUAAACCAAAUUAAGUUAAAAGUGCAACACUAAUUCAACCAUGAAGCCGUGCUCUCUCUCUUAUGUCAUCUACAUGCUGUUUUUCACAGUCCCUUUAAUACAACUAUCAAAAAACGCUUCAGUGGACAUCCAAAAUAGAAAAGUCUACCAAAAAUACACUGGAGACCAAGGCCUCUACAGCCACAAAGAUGAUGUGGAGAUCCUUACCGGGGAAAACUUUAAAAGUGCCAUCAUGGGCAGCAACAAAGCCUGGCUGGUAGAAUUCUACAAUAGUUGGUGUGGCUUUUGUCAAAAGUUUGCACCUUCUUGGAAGGACUUUGCUACCGACAUCAAGGGAUGGCAAGACAGUGUUAUUGUUGCUGCCAUGGACUGCAAUAAUGAGCAGAACUUUGCACUUUGCAGAGACUAUGAGGUUAUGUCCUAUCCCACUUUAAAAUACUUCCAUGAAAAUUUCACUGAAGAGGCCAAAAAUUAUGGUGCCAAUAUAAAUCGUGGUGUUACAGCCAAAGACCACAGACAAGACCUUGUUAAUAAAGCUAUUAGUGAGCAAAAAGUUGGAAGAGGUAAACAGUUUCCCAACUUGCUACCUUUUAAUGGUAGCACAUUAGAUGGGCUACUUCAUGAGAAACCUUCAGAGGCCCAGUAUGUUAUUUUAAUAGUGCAAAGCCCUGAACAGUAUGUCGGUGCAGAACUUGCCUUAGAUUUUCAAAGGAGUAAAAAAGUUAAUGUUCGAUAUGCAUUCUCAAAUAAUACAGCACUGAUAUCAGCUUUGCCAAGCAAUUUGUUUCCAAUAAUUUUUGCUAUUGAUGAAAAAGGUCAUAUUGAUACUGUAACCACAAAAUCAAAUGAUAGGGAAGGUAUGAGGGCUGCUAUAAGGCAGUAUUUAGAAGUUAAGAAUAUUCCUUUGGUGCUGGACAAGGAAAAAAAAUCUGAGGCAGAUGUGUCUCGCAAUGGAACUGACUUAAAUGAUUUGGCUAAGAGGGCAAAGCAAAUGGGAGAUGUGGUAUUUCAAAUGGAUUUAGAAAGUGCAUUAAGGUACUCUCUUAAACGUGAAAUAGGAGUAAGAAAAGAAAUAACCGGAGAACAACUAGAAGCACUUAAAAAGUACAUAGAACUGUUAUCAAGCUUUUUCCCACUAGGAGCCAGUGGAAAGCAGCUUUUUCAACAGAUACAAACUGUUCUCUACUCUGGUAACGUAAUAGAUGGAUGGAAGAUCGCGAUACUCGUCAAAGACGCCGAAAAACCUGAAAAGAAUGUGUUUUCUACCCCACAACACUGGUUAGGUUGCAAAGGCAGUUCGCCCCAAUACCGCGGGUACCCUUGCUCCCUAUGGACAUUGUUCCACUAUCUGACGGUAAACGUGGCAAAAUCGGACGACAACACCCGGGGAGAUAACCCCCGCUUAGUUUUGGAAACGAUGCACGGGUACAUUAAAAAUUUCUUCGGAUGUGCGGACUGUACUCAGCAUUUUGGCGAGAUGGCGAAGCGCAGGGAAAUUUUCAAAAAAGCCCAGACGUUUGACGAGGCGAUUUUGUGGCUGUGGGAGGCGCACAACGAGGUCAAUAACCGUUUAAGUAAAGACGUUACUGAGGACCCCGAGUUUCCCAAGAGACAAUUUCCCGCCAAGGAGAAUUGCCCUAAAUGUUAUAAGGAGAACGGGGAUUGGGAUAAAAACGAAGUGAGUGCUGAUUAUCUAAAACACAUGUACAGCAGCAUAAACGUGAAAUACCUGGGAGCCGACACCAAACUGCUUUAUCAGGCUCUCCACGGCAGUGAGAACGCCAGCCCCCCCCACGGUGGGUUUUUAGGUUUAGACGCUAGCAUUUACGUAUUGUUGUACUUGGCCAUUUUUCUUCUCAUUUUCAUAAUAAUUAAUAUGUUUUUAAAGAGGGGCUACCGACGCAAGAUGUACAAAUACAAGCACGAUCUACUGGGAAGGUUUGACCGAUGAGAUGAUAUAUAAAGGUUCCGCUCUAGCCUCCACGGGCGCGACAAAAGAUAAGGCUUUAACGUUAAACGUGGCCCUUGUGAUUUUUUGUUUGCUUGUGUUAACCGGCCGUGCAUGAUUAUGAUGUAGUAACAUGAGGAGUUUUGAGGUUGGGCUUUUUUUGUAGAUUUAUGCUAAAGGGUGUACCAAAGUGUUAAGGAUACAAGGAAAUAAAAAUAAUUAAAUUCGA